GAGGAGAGGUUUAUGGAUUACUUCCGGCAAGGGAUACAUUCAGUUAUGGACAGCAGCUGAACGGCCCCCUAACAGCUGGCCCCUGAAGACGGGUCCUAAGAAAUCUUCACUGGCUCCCGGUCCGCUUCCGAGCACCAUUCAAAGUGCUGGCGCUGACCUUGAAAGCCCCAAAUGGUCUCAGCCCAGUAGAAGGGGAGGAGCGUCUCCACGUCCAUCGCUCAGCCCGGACACUGAGGUCCAGCUCCGAGGGUCUUCUGGCAGGUCCCUCAUUGCGAGAAGUGAGGUUACUUCUCGGUUGUCGUGACUGCCCUGUGGAACGCCCUCCCACCAGAUGUCAAGGAGAUAAACCAUCAUACGACCUCCCUAGACGCCUGAAACGCCUCCCCAGCCCCGUGGAUGUUGCAUGAAAGUAAAUGAAAAUCCCGAUGGAGGACAAAGAGGGCCUGCCUUCAGGUGCAGCAGAAUUCCCCAGCCCCCGAAGGAUUUGAGACCCAUCACCUUUCCUCACCUGGUUUAGCCGGCCGGUUGAAGCCGUUCCUUGAACCCCUGUUGCAUGCUGACAGCUUCUGGAAGCCACAGGAUUUCCUUUUUGCCCACUCUGAAAAAGGUGAUGGAGAAGACAGAAUUGCAUGGGACAGGGCACCUUUCAUUUCAUUAGGAAUAGCCAUUAAAAUGUGUGAAAUGUGGAAUCUGCUUCACUGAAUGAGCACACAGUUCACAUCAAGGAACACAAAAGAGGAAAGAACCCACUUAAAGGUAUGGAGUGCAGAAAGAGCUUCUGUUUGAAUGCAAAACUUAGAACACACCAGCGGACUCACACAGAGAGAAAACGAUUUACGUGCAGGGAGUGUGGGAAGAACUUCAGUCAGAGUGGAAACCUUAAAUUGCACGAAUGGACUCACACAGGGGAGAAAACAUUUGAAUGCCUGGAGUGUGGAAAGAGAUUCAGUCAGAUGUUGUCAGUUAGACAACAUCAACGGACUCACACAGGUGAGAAACCGUUUCAGUGUAUGGAGUGUGAAAAGAGUUUUAGUGAUUGUGGAAGCCUUAGAAGACAUCAACAGACUCACACAGGGGUGAAACCAUAUAAAUGUAUAGAAUGUGGAAAGAGCUUCAGUCAGAAUGCAGACCUUAAAAAACAUCAACGGAUUCACACAGGGGAGAAACCAUUUAAAUGCAUGGAGUGUGGAAAGAGCUUCAGUCAGGGUGGAUACCUUAGGUCACAUCAACGGACUCACACAGGGGAGAAACCAUAUGAAUGUAUGGAGUGUGGAAAGAGCUUUAAUGAUAGUGGAAGCCUUAGAAGACAUCAACGGACUCACACAGGGGAGAAACCAUUUAAAUGUAUGGAGUGUGGAAAGAGUUUUAGUGAUAGUGGAAGCCUUAGAUCACAUCAACGGACUCACACAGGGGAGAAACCAUAUGAAUGUAUGGAGUGUGGAAAGAGCUUCAGUCAGAGUGCAAACCUUAGAUCACAUCAACGGAGUCACACAGGGGAGAAACCAUUUAAAUGCAUGGAGUGUGGAAAGAGUUUUAGUGAUAGUGGAAGCCUUAGAUCACAUCAACGGGCUCACACAGGGGAGAAACCAUAUGAAUGUAUGGAGUGUGGAAAGAGCUUUAAUGAUAGUGGAAGCCUUAGAAGACAUCAACGGGCUCACACAGGGGAGAAACCAUAUGAAUGUAUGGAGUGUGGAAAGAGCUUUAAUGAUAGUGGAAGCCUUAGAAGACAUCAACGGACUCACACAGGGGAGAAACCAUAUGAAUGUAUGGAGUGUGGAAAGAGUUUCCGUUGUAAUACAAGCCUUAGAUCACAUCAACGGACUCAUACAGGAGAGAAAGCAUUUACAUGUGUGGAGUGUGGAAAGAGCUUCAGUUAUAGUGGAAACCUGAGAAUACAUCAACAGACUCACAUAGGUAAGAAACUAUUUAAAUGUAUGGAGUGUGGAAAGAGCUUUAGUGGAAAUCUUAGAAGACAUCAACGGACUCACACAGGGGAGAAACCAUUUAAAUGCAUGGAGUGUGGAAAGAGCUUCAGUCAGAAUGCAGACCUUAAAAAACAUCAACGGAUUCACACAGGGGAGAAACCAUUUAAAUGCAUGGAGUGUGGAAAGAGUUUUAGUGAUAGUGGAAGCCUUAGAUCACAUCAACGGACUCACACAGGGGAGAAACCAUAUGAAUGUAUGGAGUGUGGAAAGAGCUUCAGUCAGAGUGGAGAACUUAGAUCACAUCAACGGACUCACACAGGGGAGAAACCAUAUGAAUGUAUGGAGUGUGGAAAGAGCUUCAGUCAGAGUGCACACCUUAGAUCACAUCAACGGAGUCACACAGGGGAGAAACCAUUUAAAUGCAUGGAGUGUGGAAAGACCUUUGGUGAUAAUGGAAAACUUAGAACACAUCAACGGAUUCACACAGGGGAGAAACCAUUUAAAUGUAUGGAGUGUGGAAAGAGUUUUAGUGAUAGUGGAAGCCUUAGAUCACAUCAACGGACUCACACAGGGGAGAAACCAUAUGAAUGUAUGGAGUGUGGAAAGAGCUUCAGUCAGAGUGGAACACUUAAAAAACAUCAACAGACUCACACAGGGGAGAAACCAUUUAAAUGCAUGGAGUGUGGAAAGACCUUUGGUGAUAAUGGAAAACUUAGAACACAUCAACGGACACACACAGGGGAGAAACCAUUUCAAUGUAUGGAGUGUGAAAAAAGUUUUAGUAAUAGUGGAUGUUUUAGGAAACAUCAACAGACUCACACAGGGGAGAAAGCAUUUUAAUGUAUGGAGUACAGUAAAUACUUCACUCAGAGUGGAAAUCUUAGAAAACAUCAGCAGAUACACAGGGGAGAAACCAUUUAAAGGUAUGGAGUGUGGAAGGAGCUUCAGUCAGAGUGGAACCCUUGAUUUUUGUCAACAAACUCACACAAAAGACAAACCAUAUAAAUAUCAGGAAAGUAGAUAGAGGUUCACUCUUAGUGGAAGUUCAAAAUCAACAGACUUAUGGACAGGAAGAACUUUAAGAGUUGAAAUCCUUCAAGCCAUCAACAAACUCAGAGAGGGGAAGCAGUUUAAAUGAAAAGACUGCA